AUGGAUAUGAAUGAUGAACACGGUGAAGAACUUAAUCUCAUUGUUACAAUGCUUGUUGGCAUUGUAGCUUAUUUGCAUGGGGCAUACUAUUUAACACACUUUAAUAGGAGGCCACAACGUAAUUGUUAUUUGACUCAACGUGAAUUUGUCAGUGAUGUCACACGAUCCAAUGAACAUUGUCAUAACUUAUUGCGCAUGAAUGUGGAAUCCUUUCAAAGAUUUGUAUAUAUAUUUAGAGGAACCGGGAGGCUGAAAGACACUGUGCAUUGUAGUAUUGAGGAGCAACUUGCAAUGUUUUUACACAUUGUAUCUCACAAUGUUAAGAAUCGUAGUGCAAAAUUUUAUUCUAAGCGAUCUGGUGAAACCAUAUCUCGACAUUUCAAUACAGUCUUAGAUGCAAUCACAGGCAUGGAAGACAACUUUUUAAAACAACCUACUCUUGGAACAGAGACGCCUAAAGAGAUUCGUGACAACAACAGAAUGUGGCCAUAUUUUAAGGAUUAUGUGGGAGCAAUUGAUGGUACACAUCUCCCCGCGAAAGUUCCCAUUGAAUAUGUAGCAAGAUUCCGUGGUAAAUACUACUUGGUAGAUGCAGGCUUUCCUCUAUUGGAGCAUUAUAUUACCCCAUUCAGAAGUACACGAUAUCACCUAAACGAAAUACGAGGACGUGUACCUAAAACGCCAAAGGAAUUGUUCAACCAUAGGCAUUCUUCUUUACGGAACGCAAUUGAACGAGCCUUUCGGAUGUUAAAAAAACGUUUUCGUAUCCUAGUGGAUGAACCAAUGUUUCGCUUUGAAAAUCAAGUGAAGUUGGUAAUUGCUUGUUGUAUAAUACACGACCACAUUCGAGGAGUGAUGCCAGAUGAUCCACUUUUAAAUGAUGUUGAUCACGAGAUUGGCACUCAAUCAGCUCUUAUUCAUGAUCCUGUUGAAAAUCAAUUGACUAGGGCUGAAGAUGGAAGGGAAGGAAAGAGAAUUUGA